AAAAUGUAUCAACUAUCAAAUAUCAGCCAUUGGUCGUGAUGCACUCAAAGCUUGGUGUUGUUAGAACAACCAGAUUGAAAUUUAUGUAUGUUUUAACUUUUAGUUAAAUACUACUUAACUCUCGACUGUUAUGAAUAAGUAAUCAUUAAAAUAAAAUGUUACCAUCGACGGGAUAUUUUAAGGGAAUAAAUUGUCCUUUCUACGAUAGUGGUAUCUGUGAACGACCCUAUUGUCAUUUUCGUCAUGUUAAAAAAGAAACCAAUAAUAUUUCUGGAGAAGGGAUAGAAAGCGGAAAUGCACUUUUAAAGCUUGUGUCCGCUGCCGUCCAAAAGGUUCUUCAACAAACGGACUCUGCAGCGGGAUCGCCGUCGUCGAAUAAUACAUUCGAAACCGAAAGUGUUCAAUGUUUACCAGCUUCGUCGAAAGUUACUUACAAUCCCACUCCAAUAGCGGAACUCAACAAAAUUAAUAGUGAACCUGAAAUCGGCGAGGAAAUCAAUGAACAAAAACGAAGACAUAUUCCAGUGCCAUACACGCCGCGAAAACCGGCCAGUCUAUGCAUUAAGCGGCCUGUUGAUACGAAUAGUUCAAAACUUACAUAUGUAGCACCAGUUUUAUACACACCAGGUUCUGAAAGCGCUCCAGAUCCAUACUCACCACAAGGGUCAACGGAAUCAAAUGAAAAAUAUUUGCCAGGUGUUGAAAUAGCAGUACAAGAAUAUGCACCAAAAGAAACACAGAACUCAAACUCCAAAGUUAAUUAUAUCCCUUCCGAUAAAAAUGUAAAUAGAAAGAAACUGUUAGAAUAUAAACCUACCAAAGUUAAAAGCCAACCUUCUUCUGUAUCAUACCAACCAACACCUAGAUCGCUAGUUCCUUGUUUUUCUAGUGAUGAAGACGAACCUGAUACUAAAAAAAGGAAACUCUCUAGUGAUCUUAAUGGAUUGGAUGAAUUAGGACCAGAAUUUGAUAUAUUAGAUCAAAUCUUAGAUGAAGAAAAAUCAGAGAAAUGUUCCAAUAAUCAUAAAAAUGAUUCUUCAAUAGAAUGUAAGGAGAAUAAGAAGAGUCUAGAAGUUAAUAGUAGUCAUAAGGAAAAAGAUGAUAAAAGUCAUAGUAAAACUGAUAAAAUUAAUAAAGAAAAAUCUGAUAAAGAUAAAUCUGAGAAGAAACAUGACAAAGUAGAUAAGACUAAGAAGAAAGAGAAAAGCGAAAAGUCUGAUCAAAAUGGGAAAGACUGUAAACGCAGGAGUUCCAGUACUGAUAAGAAAAGUUCCCACAAAAGUUCUAAUCAAGAUAAAAAGAGACAUAGUAGCAGUGAAAGUAAGUCAGAAAAAAGAUCAAGUUCGAAAAGUUCAAGUAGUAGUUCAAAGCAUUCAAGAAAUGAUUCAUUGAGGCAUUCUAAACAUAGCUCCAGUGACAAAACAGAUAGUAAGAAAAGUAAGAGUAAUAGUAGCCACCACAAGACACACAAACAUUCUAAGGAAUCUAAAGACAGGAAAGACAAACAUAAAAAGCACAAUUCGAAGAGCAAUUCGGAAGACGAUGACCAUAAAUUUGAAAACUCCAUUGAAGAUAUUGAGGAUGUCUCAGAGCCAGAUGAAGAGGAUAUCGCUUUAGAAUGUAAAAGAAUAUUUGAGGAAUAUGUUCCAUCUGAAAAACCAGAAGCAAAAGAUGAACCCAAUGAACCUGACAUUUCAAUGACAGAUAAUGAUGAAUAUAUACCAUCAAAGAAAAGGGUAUCAAGAACUACUGAUAAGAAUAUCAAAGUCACUCCUAAGGCUCCAAUAAGACCGGAUUUCAAACUUAAUGCGGCUCAAGCCAUGGCAGAACGACUUGCUAAAGUGAGAGAAUUUCACGCCAAAAUUACACCAGACGCAACUCCUCCUGCAAGCAAUUCCAAACCAGAUUCGAAGCCAUUUGUACCACCUGUUACUAAUCAUUCCAAAAUUAGAAUAGCUCAUGUCCCUUACGCAUCAACCAUGUUAACUGCAAAAAAGACUAUUCCACCUAAACCUAGCUCUGCACCAAACAAUAAUCCUUCAACAAGCUGCACAGUGACACAAACAGUGAAAAAAGGGACUCAAAGAGUUGCCCACUUACCUAGUGAGAAGUUUAUAGACAGACCAGGAGUACUUGAACCUUUGGGAUCAAAAAUACCAGUUAACAUCAGGUCAACCUAUUUAAACUUGAUGAUAGACAAUUGCUUGAAUAUUUAUUUACUACCAUCUGAUGCUUAUGCAAGGGCACAAAACGAAGAAUUGACAACAAGCAAAAAGUGUUCUUCAGUACCAAUUUAUAAAAAUUCAGCAGUCCUUGCUAUAAGUAGAUUGAAAAAGGAAGUCAUAGAAUGCAAUGGGGUAAAAAAAUCUGGUAAUGAUAGUUCAGGAGCUAAACUUGUACAGGGUACAGUCACGAAUGCAGCUAGUGCUGGCUCCUGGAGUAUUGAAAGUAAACAUAAAAAGAAUUUCGAAGACUCUAAACAAUUUGUUGGUGCUAACUUGUAUAACAAUAUUAAGAAAUGGAUAUUAACUGAUGAGCAGUUAAAAGAGAAUGGUUUUCCUAGACCACAUACUAACGGGGAGAAGGGUAGAGCUAUUAUAUAUGGUCAAAACAAACAAAAACCUCCUAAAGGUUUUAUAAGGACUUGUUGUAGAUGUAAAAAAGAAUAUACGGUAGACAAAAAAGGCUUUCCUGUUAUAAAACAAGAUUGCAUUUAUCAUCCUAAUAACAAGUACAGGUUUCGGGGUGAGGUUAAAUAUCAGUGUUGCAGCCAAGAUGAAUCAUCUGAUGGCUGUUGUAUAGCGUCAACUCAUGUUUAUGAAUACGUAGACUUUGAAAACUUAAAAGGUUAUGUUAAAACUCUAGCGCCGGACACUUUGAUGGACGAUUAUGGUGUUUAUUCCCUAGAUUGCGAAAUGUGUUACACUACACAAGGCCUGGAUUUAACAAGGGUUACAGUUAUCAAUAGUUCCUGUAAAGUAGUGUAUGAGACACUUAUUAAACCCCUCCAUCCCAUCAUAGAUUAUAAUACAAGGUAUUCUGGUAUAACCGAGGAACAAAUGGCCGAUGUUAAAACUACACUUCUUGAUGUGCAAGCAACACUACUUACAAUGUUCAAUAGUAAAACAAUCUUAAUAGGACAUAGUUUAGAAUCUGAUUUCAAAGCACUGAAAUUGAUUCAUGAUACGGUAAUCGAUACAAGUGUGCUAUUUCCUCAUAAAAUGGGUCCUCCAUAUAAAAGAGCAUUAAGAAAUUUAUCAUCCGAGCAUUUGAAGAAGAUUAUCCAGAACUCGGUUGAUGGCCAUGACAGUGCAGAAGACGCUACAGUGUGUAUGGAACUCUUGAUGUACAAAGUUAAAGAGGAUUUAAAAACAAGGUGAUAUUAACAACAUUGUUUUGUUGGAGCCAGCACUUUGUGAUAUUAAAUUUUCCAAGUAUGUCUUAGCUAUGUAUAAACAUAGCUCAUGUAUGUAUAUGAUAUGCUAUUCUGAAAUGAUUGAGGAACAAAAAUGUCUAUUAAAUAGGCUUAUUUGUCUAAAUUAUAUUACAUAAUUUAGAGAUGAAUAAUUUAUUUUAUAGGAAUUAUUGUACUGAUUUUUUUAUGUUCUAUAAAAUGUUUGCUAGCUUAUACAAAACAAUUUUUAUAAAGGUUUAUUAUUUCAGUGCCCAAAGUUGAUGUUACGAGGGUGGGAAUUUGGCUGUUAUAAUUUUAACAGCUUUUUAAUAUCAAGUACUCUUGAUAUAUAUAUAUAAAAUAUAUAUAAUUUUUAACUGAUGUGCUUGGAUGAUUUAAAUUUAUUGUAUUUUUUUUCAUACUUUCAAAAUAAGCAGGCCACAAAGAAACUCUAUCAGUUAAAAUAUAAUUUGUAUUAUUUAUGUAAUAAAUUAAUUAUUAUAAUAAGACAAUUACAAUUUAGUAAUUAAUAAUAUUAAUUGAUAGAAUUUGAUAGACCUACACAAAUUACUUUAACAUGAAUCUAAUAUCUUUAUAAAAAUUUACAUUCUAGUUGAACAUAUGAUGGGAUGGAAAGGGUUUAAUUAAGUGUUCAGUAAAAAAAAAAUAACAUCAAUUAAAACACAAAUAAAACCAAAAAUAAUAUUUACUAUAAAGACAAACAGUAUACACACACACCUACUUCAAAAUGUUGAACUUGGCUACUAAUUCGGCAUUUAAUUCAUAUCAACAAUUUCACAUUUAAAAAUCAUUUAACACAUUGCUGUAUGCAAACGAGUGUUGUCUUAGAACCUUUGUAAAAAAAAAAAUGUCUAACAUAAACUGCUUUGUCACUUUUAUAUUCCUAAGUUGAAAUAAAUUAUACAUUGUUCCAAAAAGGUUUAUUAUUUCAAUUAUAGAUAAUAAAAACAAUUUUAUUGUUUGUAAACAGUAAUUAUUACUUGAAACAAAAAAAAAAAAAUGUUAUAAGGAAAUAUACAAAAAUGUGGUUUAGCUAUAUGAUGAAAAGCCUUUAUGGAAGAAGCGAAUAUAGUUAUGAUACUAUUAACACAAAUUUUCCAAGAUAUUAAGUAGUUCAUUUUAUAUUGGCUGUAAUAAUAAUGAUUUUGAAAACAAAAACCAAAAUAAAUAUAUGUAUGUUUCAACUACAGCUAUUGUUACUGCAAUGCAAACUUCUAUAUUGUUUACUGUUAAUAUUUUUCUGCUACAAGUGACAAGUUUAUUUGCAUUAGAAUUAAAUAUAUAAUGUAACUGCCUGAUGCCUUGGUUGGUGAUGAUGCACUUUGUAGUUAAUUAAUAAUAAUAAUUUUACACACAUCCCAAUGACUAUGGAGGUGUAAGCCGGUUUUGGUGUGUCCAAUGGACAUGGGUCGACAAAAGCCAACUGCUAAUCAAUAAAUGACUGUUCGACGCAUGCUUUAACCCGUUUCUCGUAUUCCCUUCGAUUUUCUUUAUACAGUUGUGCAGCCAUCGAGUUGGCUGGUGAGUUCGGAUUGGGGUCGCUAAGUAAUGACUGUAAAGAAA